CCUCAACUGAUCAUCCGUCAAUCGACUUGAAUGACGAAAACAGGCUAGCUAUCCUGCAUAUUCUUACUUAUCCUCGUUAUCAGAACGAUACGAAACAGCUCUGUUCGUCUAGCUGCUGCGAUGGCCGACGACGCCGACGGGCAAAGGCAGGGGUCUUCGCCUGGAUCAUCAACAUCUCCUUUACCGAUCCACAGCGAGACGAGCCGUCAACUCUUUUCCAUCCUCGGUUUACCUUUGGAAGACGUCAAUAAUGUCGACUCGCAAUCAUCUACCGUUACUACUAUCAACCCGGAAUCUUAUACCAGGAAGACUCCUCAUUCGCCUUUGAGGUCGACCUGGACGAGCCCUUCAUCGAUUUCGGCGCCAAAGGAUAGAUCACCACCGAGCUUGAAUUCGAGUCCUUUGAGUCAGAUCGGCGUGCGGACGGACGGACAUGGCGAGCACGAUAAUAUCACACCGACCAGUAUCGAAUCGUUCGAAGAACAACAACAACAGCAUCGUUACUCAUUGAGAGGGACGCCGUCGUCGAGAGUCACCUCAUCCGGUUCGGGCUGGAGGUCUUUUUUCCGCUCACCGGAUAUGGCCGAAGGGUCUGCCUCUAGAUCGACGUCGUUGAACAAUAAUGAUGUGACGUUCUCUUCGCCUCUGUCACAUCGAAAGCAUGGUCGUGACAGGGAUGAUCACGAGGAGGAUCGUGAUGAGCUAGAAGAUUCGGACGAGGUCGGACAUGAUACGGCGGGGACCGAGCUCGAAGAGACCCAGACGGACGUUCCAGUGCAGAUACAGAUGCAGACCUUGGACCCGUCGUUGCUAAACACGACGGUAGCGGACACUCUGAAACGCGAACAAAGCGACGAGGACAGUAUGGAUAUCGGGAUGGACGUUUUUGGAUCGUCAAAGCUGGACAAGCAGGUCAUGUUGUUCCCGGAGUCUCCUACUAGAACUACCGAUCUUGAGCUCGAGCGAGAGACAGGACCAUUUGCGGGUCCGGCAAGAGGACUCAAGGGAAGAGCGUCUCAUCGGAUUUUGACGCGGCCAUCGGAACUGGGCUCAAAAGGCUUGAGCAAGAAGGAUUUCGAUUCGCAAGAGACGAUCGUCCCGAGCGAUUUUCAUCGACAACAUAUGCUACAGCAAUCUGGUAGUCAUUUGAUCGGUACGAGUGGGAGCGCUAGUACGAGUAGGAUCUGGGAACCGGUCGAUUGGGAGAACUUUUCUCCUCACGGCGAAGAGGUACCGACGGUACACGAAGGCUCGAUGUUGUUGCUCCCGCCGCCUUCUUCGUCACCGACAUCAACAUCUUCGCCCAGACAUAGACCUAAACCGCUGGAAAAUUCUUCUAUGAGAUCCACGUUGGGGACGAGGGUCGGAUCGGAGGUUUACUGGAACUUGUUCGAUGGAGUACCGAGGUACGAUCAAGGACCGCUAUCGGCGUCUACCAAUUCCAAUUCGGCGACUUCUACUACGGUCGAUACUUCGUUUUCGGGUACGGCUUCAACGUCCACUCCAGCCUCGGCUUCGGCUUCUGACGGGCAACAUGGGAUUGCGACGAAUCAUCUCAUUCAAGGGUUUACCGGGUUUACUCUACCAGGAAUGAACACGCUAUCGUCGGAUCCCGAAUACGAUUCGGAUGAAGCCGGAGGAUCGUCCUUGAUGCCGCUGGGAAACACUCAACGACCCGGUUCGAGCGGUUCUGCGGCUUACUUGUCGACGUUCGCUGAUCCUCCUAAUACGAAUCCGGCCAAACGCGCCGGGCCGAUCGAGAUCGUCGUCGAUGAUGAAGGCGUCGCAGGCAUGACCGAAGCGAGCGAGGAAGGUCGAACGUCUGUCACCGGACCUAUCAGGAGUACGAGACGAUCUACUCGAGAAAGGAGGGCAGUAGAAUCCGUUGUUUACCCUUCUACUGCCGAGUCAUCCGCGCGUCCGGCGAAAAGAGCAAAGAGGACCAAAGUCGCGGGUCCUGCUAAUAAGACAAACAACCAUAACGAGAAAUAUGACAGCAAUAACGCGCUUCUCAAGCCAGCUCGUCCGCCUGGCGACCGUGGACAAGGUAGGAAACCUAGCUCUGCACUUGCUUCUCCCGAAGAACCGGAUUCACCUAUGGGAGACGGCAACGAAUUGCGAGACCCUGAAGAGAUCGCCGCGAAAAAGGCGAGGAGACGCGAGAUCAACCGGAAGAGCGCGAGGACGUUGAGAGAGAAACGAAAGGCCGAAUUAGAAUCCGCCUGGGCCGUUGUCGAUCAGCUUAGGGAUCAGGUGAGAGUGCUCACAGACGAGGUCAGGCGAGAGAGGGAAUGGAGGGUCGUCAUGCAGAACGAGUUGGUCAACCGCGGAGCCGAUCUUGCAGCCAUGGGCGUGGACGUGAAUUUCGCUCCUGCACCUUUGACGCAGACGAGCGUGAUUUCGGACAUGAUGAUGCAAGUCGACUCCAAUUCGGACAGCGAUGCAUGAACUCGGUCGAUAUGCUGCCGACCCUAGGACCGACCCUUCAAGAAGAUCCAGUCCAUUCUCCGCAAUAUAUCGCGGCUCCUUCUUCAGGAUCAUAUUUACGCGCCUGAACCUUUCUGCUUCUUGAUCAUGCCUACGACCAAAGCGAAUAUACGUCAACUCUUCAUCAAGCUUUCCGCAAGCUCUCUUGCCCAACGAUAUACGAACGCAGAUAAGCCGCCUCUCCAGAAACCCAUACCCGCUAGACUCAGGAAUAUGCUGGAACGCCGAAACAUGAAGGCAGUAGAUAACGCAACGAGAAGGCGAUAUUUCUCUUGGGCCGGGCUCGAACGUGACUUGUGACAGAUUAUUAAUUUCGAUAUGAU